AUGCGGGGCAAGACGUGCAAGCACUCGGGCAGCAGCCAUCGCCGGCGCAAGCUCGUCAUCUCCGUGCCCUCUUCGGGCCAUGCGUGGACGCGCGAGGACCAGGCGUCCCCGUGCGUGUCGUACACGGACCUCUCUGGCCUCGUCCAGGUCGAGCCGUCCCAGGGGAUGCGCCGGGGCCAGUCCGCGCUGGUUCUCGCCGCCGAGGCGUCAGAAUCGCUCUUCGAAGAGACGCAGGCUGAUCGAACGCGCUCGCCGCGCAGAGGAGGCUCCUCCCUGCGCGGUGACGCCGCUAUGCAAGAGCCCACGCGCUUCCCCCAGGCAAACAUUCACGCGAGCUCCUCCGCGCGGAACAGCACCGGCACGCACCACGGCGGCCACGGCCCCCGCCAGCUGGCCCAGGCCCGGCAUGCGCGCCCCAAGCACACCUCGCCGGGCCUGCGCCACCGCCUCCACGCCAAGCCCUUCGUGAACGCCUCGGACGCCUCCAACGACGAGGCCGGCAACUCGAACCGCAACACCCGCGAGUACACCUCCACGCGCACCGACGGCCUGAGUUGCCCGGCGUCGGGCGCGACGGACGGCUCGGAGGACGCCGAGAUGAUGUCCGAGCGCCAGGUCGACCAGGGAAGGCGCACGUGCGAUCUCACGGGCGCCGGCGCGCCGCGCGGGUUCGCCGUCAACAGCGCCAUGCAGCUCUGA